AUGUCAUUUAACAUAUUCCCGGCAAACUGCGUCCACUUACAACUGUACAAAGACCUUAAGGAGCGACAGAAAAACGGUCAGACGAAGGCGUCGCUCUCCCUGCAGCAGUAUCUUGGGUUCGAGUCCGGAUUCACGUUGGACAAGGAGUCGAACACUCUUGCGAUAUUGUGCGAGGACGUGGUGCCGGUGUUGGCGUUCGAUACCAGGGAGAUUCUCAUUCAGUGGAGAGUUAAGGUGCAACACAACCUUGGCAGCAGCAAGGAGUUCGCCGCUGUGAUAGUCUCGGCGCCGGCCGCCAGCGGAGCCCGACCGGGUCCCGUGCGACUCCACGCUUGCGGUCCUCGACUAGCACUCUGCGUCGCCAGGCCACCGGAGGUCCUCGCUCUCUGGGACGUCAAGUUACUAAGGUCAGUUUUUGAUUUUGUUUUCAGAAGUUUCCGAUGA